UGUGUGUCUGUGGCGAGGGCGGGGAUUAGAAUCGUCUGCUUUGGGGGGGUGUGAGUGAGAGAGGGCCGAGUUGCAAGAGUUAUUUCAUCUGUGCAUUGAGUCCUCACCCUCCUCCUCUUCCCUCAGCCAGCGAGACCAUAGUGCUGCUGGCCAUGUCUUCACUGAGUCCCCACCGAUAUGUCCGCCGAAUGAGUUCCAGCCAGUGUGUGUUGGGCAUUGACAUCGGCACCACGUCCGUCAAGUGCUGUCUGGUGGAUGUGGCGUCCAAGGAGGUGCUGUCCAGCCAGAAGAAAGACACCUGCUCCAAUGUGCCUAGCGAACUGGGAACGGGCGGCAACAAGCAGGAUGUUCCCCGUAUCCUAUCAGCUCUACAAAUGUGUGUGUCUCGCCUUCCCCGGGAGAUGCUGAGGAAGGUGGUGCGUGUGGGGGUGUGUGGACAGAUGCAUGGAUGUAUGCUUUGGAGGCAGGGACAGGCAUGGGAGCAGAAACCAGACUCCGACAGGUUUACCUUUAACGAGGUGAGCAACCUGUACACGUGGCAGGACAGCAGGUGCAGCCAGGAGUUCCUCUCGUCGCUGCCCGUGCCAGAGUCCCACAUCGCCAUCUCCUCCGGCUAUGGCUGUGCUACGCUGCUCUGGUUCUCUAAACACAAGCCGGACCAUCUCACAAAGUUUGACCGCGCCGCCACCAUCCAUGACUUCCUCGUGUGUAUGUUGUGUGGUCUGGAGAAGCCGGUCAUGUCUGUGCAGAACGCCGCCUCGUGGGGCUACCUCAACACUGAAACCAAGGAGUGGAACACAGAACUACUACAAGGUGCUGGGUUGCCUUUGGAGUUCCUGCCGGAGGUUGUGGAUUCGGGGAAGGAGGCAGGCAAGCUAAAGGUGCACUGGUAUGGCAUUCCAGCUGGCACCCCUGUCCUGGCAUCCUUAGGUGACCUCCAGUGUUCCGUGCUGCCUCUGCUCACCAAGAACACCCAAGCCAUCAUCAACAUCUCCACCUCCGCCCAAAUGUGCUUCAAAAUGCCGCAGGACUUCAAGCCAUGCAACAAGCCCCCCAGCAGCCCCAGCCCCAUUGAGUACUUUCCAUUCUUCAAGUCGUACCUUGCUGUGGCUGCCUCUCUCAAUGGUGGCAAUGUGCUGGCCGCCUUCGUGAGGAUGGUACAGCAGUGGAGUCUGGACCUUGGCUUUUCCGUGCCCCAGUCAAAGAUCUGGCAGCGAGUCCUUGAGCUUGGCGGGGAUGGAGCAAGUGAAUCUAACCUCCUCAUUGAACCCACACUGUUCGGGGAGAGACACAGCCCCCUGCAGACUGCCUCGGUUUCGAAUGUGGACCUGGGGAACCUCUCUCUGGGCCAGGUGAUGCGCUCCCUGUGUAAAGGCGUCAUCACCAACAUGCACAGUAUGAUGCCUCGGUCAAUGCUGGAGGAGAACGAGAUCACCAGCAUCAUCUGUGGGGGCUCAGCGUUGGCAAGGAACCCUAUACUGCUGCAGGAGCUGGAGCACGCCUACCAGCUGCCCACCACCCUCGACUCCCGGGGUGAUGCUGCAUAUGGGUCAGCGCUGGCGGCGAUCAAUGCUGCGGCAGACUAGGCUGUGGUGAACUGUGAUGUGUGUGUGUGUGUGUGUGUGUGUGUGUGUAGUGCCUUGGUUUUGUGUGUUCUUGAGGUGGUUGUGGUCUGUUUUCUUAUUCUUUAGUGGUACUUUUAGAGAGAGAGAGAGAGAGGGGUAAUGAGUUAGUAUAGAGAAAAAAUAAGCUAGACUAACUCAUACCUACAUUUCAAAAUAGAUGCUGAAUAAUUGAGAGAGAGAGAGAGAGAGAUAAUAAGUCACUAUGAAAAAAGACUAACGCAUGUAAGUUAAUUCAGGAAAGUUGCAAGUGACAUUAACCAGUUCGCUUCACAAGGCUCGGUACUGAAUGAGCAUCCUUCACCAUAUCAUCCCUCGCUGGCCAUUACUGUACAUUUCCAAACAGACGCUGAAUUGGUUAGUUUGAAUAAGGAAAACAAAGAAAAAUCUCGCAUUCAUUUCAUUUCAAACAUUUAGACAUUUAGAAGGAGAAGAAUAUACAUCAAUUUAUGCAUUCAUCUCAUCAUAAAUUAUACAGAAAAACAGCUAUGAUAAUUCACUCCUUUAAAAUUAGGAUGAUCAAUUAACGGAAUUUAGUUAGGAAUUGUACGUUGAGGAAAAAAAGAACUGAAAACAUGGAAACAAUAUGAAACAAGAACAAUUACUUAAGUUUUCUAUUCAGUAUGUCUGGUACCCAAACUGGAAUAUACUUUAGAGAGAGAGAGAGAGAGAGAGAGAGAGUGAGUGAGUGAGUGAGUGAGUGAGUGAGUGAGUGAAAGAAAUACACAAAGAUACCAGUACUCACCAUAAUGCAUGCAAUAUAUAUACUGCCAUAGACAAACAACACAUCAUUGAAAGCUGUACAUUAAGUGCCAUUGAGUCUUUGUUUGUAGAAGCACAGCAGUAAGGCGGGUUGUAUGCAAAUCACUGUUGUAUAAUUUGUGCACCAGUUUGCCUUUUGAAUGUAAAGAACCACUGUAUUUAUAAAGGCUGGUGGUGUAGGCAGUGUGCUAAACGAGGCUUCUUACUCAUAUAUUGUGCUUUCAGUGAGCUGGUCGGUGUAUGAAAGUAGAGAAAUAAGGGAAGCUGCAAGAAGCCAUUAGAUCUAUACAUGGUUGUUACUGUGUGUAUGUGUGUGUGUGUGUGUGUGUGUGUGUGUGUGUACUGGUGCUAGGGAACUGUAUAUGUGUUGUCAUUGUUUCUGUGUAUGAUGAUUUGUGUUGUUGUGUUGUCAGGUUCUUUAUUGUUAAGCUAUUACCAGUUUUUCAGAGUUAAUUUGUCCAUUUUUUUUUACUUUAUUUUAUAUUUUAUUUUAUUUAUUUAUUUAUUUAUUUUCAUUUUACGUUUUGUUUUAUUUUAUUUUAUUUAUUUUUUUUUUUUUGUAACAGGAAAUUUUAAUUAGCUUUCUUCUUUCAUUCCUUUCUUUCUUUCUUUCUUUCUUUCUUUCUUUCUUUCUUUCUGUCUUUCUAUCUGUCUCUUUUCCUUCCUUCCUUCCUUUCUUCCUUUCUUUCUUUAAUCUUUCUUUCUUUCUUUCUUUGUCUUUCUGUAUUGCUUUAUUUUGUAUCUUUCACCAAUCCUCAAAACAAAAUCAGGAUAAGUUUUUGGGCAUUAACAUAUUAUACUCAAUAACACUUUUUAUGAGCAAGCAGGAGAUUAAGUGUUGUAUUCAUCUUUUUCUUUUCUUCUUCUUUUUCUUCUCUUUUCCUCCCCCUUUAUAAAUUUUAACAUUUUUUUCUUCUUUUCUUUUUCUCCCAUGUUUUGCAUCUUCGGUGAGUCCUUUGAAACACAAAAGCAGGUCAAUUAUGGGCAUUAUUUUAUUAGGCAAGUGAGGGCAGCUAUUCUGUGUCACAAGGACAGAGAUUUGUAUGGGUUAUGUAACAGAGAGGGAAUUAUUUUCUUGUUAUUAUUUUUCUUGUUUUUUGUUCCUGUUCUUGUUAUUCUCUUGUUCUUCUGGUAUUUUUCAUUCCUGUUCUUGUUAUUCUCUUCUUGUUCUUCCUCUUCCAGUGUGAUAAUGAGAGAAGUGUGUGUGUGUGUUUGAGAGAGAGAGAGAGAGAGUGAGUUAUCCACAAAUAUCUUAAUAAACAAGGCACAAAGACUCAUAGAUAACUUAUAGAAUAGCCAGAAGAAUACACUAAUGCAAUAACAAGACAUAAUAACAACAAUAAUAGCAGCAAUAGUAAUAAUAGUAACAAUAAUAGUGAUAAUAGCACAUUUUUUUCUGAGACAGCAAUAUUAUACCACCACCAUCACCACCACCAUCACCAUCCCUCCCAUAAUCUCCUUUAAGUUGUCAUAGCGCCUUACACAUGCACAGAGGUAGGAGUAGUAGUAAUAGCAGGCCAAGACACCACACAAACGAAAAGUACAAGUUUGUUCUGCUUUAUCGAUAAGUUUAAAGCGUUUCCGAUGAUGCAAUGAUACACCGCGCUCCUUCUACGUAUAUUUUUUGACAGCUUAAAGCAUUGAUGUGGCGUAGAUGUGUAUGUGUGUAUGUAUAACCCAGCUUGCUCAAUUCUAUGCCAUGCAGUGGUUGUGUAUGAGCUUGGCAAUUGUGUAUUUAUUUUCAGUUUUUUUUUUUCUGUUUUUAAUUUGGUUUGUCACGACUUAAAGUUAAAAUGAAAACGCACAUAGAAACUUCGUAUAAAUGGAGUUACUUUUAAGGCAGCAACCAAGAAACUUAAUAUAAAAAAAACAUACUCAACGUAAAAUAAGAGUUGAAAUGAAAACAUACAUUAGAAAUCUCGUAUAAAUAAUGAGCUUACCACAUCCUCGUAUAUUUCAGAUAUCAUGAAGUCAGAAACAUUACAAUAUUCCGAGCUGUUUUCAGAGCUCAAGUGUGAAUAUGUGUGGAGUUUCAACAGACAGACAGGCAGACGGAUGUGUAUCGUAAUACUUUCUAUGGAAUCUUGCUCUUCCAGUGAAUGCCAGGGUGUGUUUUGACAAGAUAACUUUAGUGAAAUAUUACCAGAUAAGCAACAGUGAGGUGGUGACUGGUGGGGGUCAUUGUGUCAGGGGUAAGCAGUCCAUUGGGUUAAUUUAAAUCAGUGUUGUUUUCCAGGAGCUGAUAAUGGUUUCGACUGCCUUGUGUGCCAUUUUGUAGGUGUUUUUGAAGGUUUGGGAAGUGGUGAUAAGAAGUUUUGUUUUGAUUUUUGUGGAGUUCUGAAGUUAUUGUGUUUUUGGGGUUGGGUAAGGAAGUUUUGAGUUUUGUUUGAGUUGAGUAGAGAAGUUGUUGUGUUUUAAGUUUGUAGAUUAGUUGUUUAUGUUAAGUUUACAGAUGAAAUUGUAGUCUUUUAAAUCUGAAGAGAUGUUAUUUAUGUUUCUUUAAGUUUGAAGCGAAGUUAUUAGUUUUUUUUUUUUUUUUAAGCUUGAAUAUGUUAUUUAUGUUUUUAAGUUUGGAGAGAAGUUAUUUUAUUUUUAAGUCUGCAGAGAAUAUAUUUAUGUUUAAGUAGAGCAGAGAAUUUAUUUAUGUUUUUAUCAAGCACAGAAGUUAUAUUUUAAUCGAACAGAGAAGCAAUAAUGUUUUAUUUUUUAUGUAGAGCAGACAAAUGAUAAUGUUUUAAGUAUAACAGAGAAACUAUUACAUUUAUUUUCUGUUCUACCUAGUCUACAAUAUAUACAAUCCCACUUAUUACUGUUUACAUUUUUAAUUCCCUACAAACACAGACCAGUACAUAAUAUUCCUGAGAGCAGCAGACUAGCAUGACCUCACUCUUAUGAACUAGCUUCCAUACAUCAUAGCAUAUCUUAGAGCAUUACAAACUGACCCAUAGAAAGAUACACCACAAUAAUUUAGCAUGUAAGAUAGAUUUAGGCAUUAAGUAACUACAGGAGGCAGGAAAACAUAGUGUGAUGCAGGGAUGAGAAAACAGUGGCAGGAAAACACAGUGAUGCAGGAAUGAGAAAAGUGGCAGGAAAACAGAGGGAUGCAGGAAUGAGAAAAUAGAGACAGAAAAACAGUGUGAUGCAGGAAUGAGAUUAUGGAGGCAGGAAAACAUACAGGGUGAUACAGAAAUGAGAGUAAGAGGUGAGAUUACUACUGAAACACUUUUCACAUCACUACACUCCAAAGGCUCUAGUUGAAGUGACACAGGUUUUUAAGGAUGUUUUUCUAGGGUUCUAGUGACAGAUGAGCUUUGUGCAUUAGUAACAGGAGAAACAUUCUACAUUCUUGAGAACCUGGUUAAUCAUCUCUGGCCAGUUGUGGUGAGAGAGCAAAGCAUUUCUGAAUACAAGUGUGUGUGGAGUGAUAGAAUGAGUGGAAAUAAAUAUACUGAGAUGUCUUUGGUUUAUGGAGGAGAUGUGUAAGGAAUAGUUUGAGAAGAAAUUGAUUGUGAGUAAAAUUGAAAGCUAAUACUGAAGAGGAAAGGUAGAAACAAAAAAAAAGAUAAUAGAUGAAGUGCAUGUGUGAAGGAGAUAAUGAAGAAAUAAGAAAUGUCUGGAAAGGAGGAGGUAGAGAUUGGAAGGCAGAGGGAUAGAGUAAAUGUGAAAUGCUUGGAUAGGAAGAGAUGAAGACUGGAUACUGGAUAGGAAAAAAGUAGUAUAAAAAUGAAAGAGAUGCAAGAAGAGACAGACAUAUAAAAGAAAUAAAUGUUUAAAAAAGGAGAGAUAGAGGCUGGGAGAUAAAAAGAUAAGAUAUAAAUAAAACAUUUGGAUGGAGAGAAAUAGAAGCUAGAAAUAGGAUAGUAUAAAUAAACACACACACAAAAAAAAAGGUGCUAGUAUUGAUAAAACAUUCAAACAAGCAAGAAAUAUAUAGAUAGGGAAAGAUAGAAGCUGUUUUAUAGUGGCCACUUCAAGGAACACAGAGAGAGAGAGAGAGAGAGAGAGAGAGAUAACUGCCCAUGAAACAUUGAUAAGCAGGUGGUGUUUUGUAGAUAAGGCAACAUUGUGUGACUGCAUGGUGGGAUAAGCUGGCUGUUUGACUUUCCAUGUGUAAAUAUGUAAUGUUUGGCCAGCCUCUGUAAAUAUGAGUGUGUGAGUGUAAUGGCCUGUGUUAUAUAUAAGGUAUCAUAAGGUAUCUUGUCCUAUACUUAGAAUAUGAGGCGUUUUGAAGCAAGACAAGGAAAGGUUUACAAAUUUGAUGUUCCUGGUGUAGAGAGAAAUUUUCCGUCAUGUAUAAAUUUGCCAAAAUGUUGAAAAUUCUCGACGUCAAUAUUUAAUGCUACAUAAUUCUUGAUAAUGUGUAUUGAUGAUGUUCCCCGAGGUGUUUGCCUGUGUGAUGUGAUGUGAUGUCUACCAAUAUGUCCCUAGAUAAGGUGACCUCGCCCAGCUUCGUCUUUUGGGCUCCAGGGAAUGAAGGAUUAGGACACUCAAGAAGCAAAGCACACUGUAGGAAUGAAUGAAUCUCUGGGAAUAGCAGGGUUUUGCUGUAUACCUAAACUGACUUGUGAGAGUUGUGAGUUGUCUCUGGAGUAACUUGAAUAAUGAGUUUGUACGAGGAGUCUGAACUGAGGUAUGGAUUAAUGAGGUUUGAAGUAACUAGUGGUGAAUGAUGAGCUUGUGUGAGGAAUUUGAAUUGAUUUAUAUUGGUAGUAAGAUAAGUGCUGAAUUUCUGAAAUAUCUUGAUGAAUAAUAAGUUUGUAGAAGAAAUUUGAAUAUAUUUGUGUGGAAUUAUUAGUAAGGUUUAGAAUAACUUGAUGAGUGUUGGGUCAGUGUGAGAAAUAUGAACAGGUUAUGUGAGUGAUAAAUAAUGUUUUAAAUAGUUACUGAUGAAUAUGUAAGUAUGAAAAAUAUGAAUGAUUUGUGAGGAUAAUUAGCAACAUUUGAAAUAACUAUGUGAAUGUUGUGUUACCUUGAGAAAUAUGGCCUUAUUUAUGUGAGGAAUUGAUAAGGUUAUAGGUAAUUACUUAUGAAUAAUGAAUUAAUAUGAGAAAUUUGACUUUAUUGAUGUGACAAAUUAGUAAGACUCUAAUAACUACUGAUAAAUAAUGAAUAUGAGAAAUUUGAACUUAUUUAUGUGAAGAAUUAGUAAAGUUUUAGAUCAUCACUGAUAAAUAAUUAGUUAGUAUGAGAAAUAUGUACUAAUAAAUAAGAUAAGUCCUCCUUUGUCCUAAUCUUGAGUAUAGAAAAUUGUCAUAAACCACGUGAACAAUACAGAACAAAAAAUAACCAGUAGAGAAUGUUCCGGAUGUGUGAAUUGCUUGUGACUUGAUGUUUUGAUGAAUGAGAGCUGUGCAGGGAAGGUGGCGCAUAGCAGACUGAUUCUCUUUGAAGUCACAAAAAUAAAGCGUUUGGAGAGUCUUGGUGCUUGGGACGGUGGCAUGCUGAGGGCCAUUUGGUGUGCAUGACAAGAUAUUUUUAUAAUUUUGUAUGCCAUAAUUUUCCAUCUGUAUAUAAUUUCACUUAAGUACAUUGGCUUGAUGAAGUGGACUACACAUUUACUUGUAUAUCAUGGAAAUCUGUCCAAAGAAAAACAUAGGAAAUUCACAGUGAUAAAAAUGAUUCGCUUGUAAAUAAUGUCCUAAAGGAGGCGAGAUUUGGCGUCUUGCAUGGAACACUCACAUGGGAAACUAAAACCAAUGUGGAAUGUGAUACUGAGCAUAUUCAUUACAUAUAUCACCUCAUACCAGCAAUACGUAUGUGCCAAUGGCCAGAGUCGCAUAUCCCACUCACUAGUGUAGGUGUUAGCUGUAGAGUGGUGCAGUGAAACCCUCAAUGUAGGGAAGUAUUAAAGGCAGAGACAAGUUUAUUAUGUACCAAAAGACACGUGUAUGACUGAAAAGUUGGUGAUGCAGUAAUGUGUUUCCAUAGCUACAAAAAUUGAAUAAUGAAAAAAAGUAAAGAAUAUGAAGUAAAGAAGGAAAAAUUGAUAAAAAGGAAUGUUGUAAGAGUGAAAUGAUGGAUAAUAAAAGUAAGAAAAUUCUGCAGUGUUGGAAGAAUGAGAUUGUUAAAAUUAGCACCAGAAAAUCAAUAUUGAAGUGAGAAAUAAGGAUGAAAAAGUGAGAUGAUGAAAGUAAUGCAAGAAAGUUAACUGAUAUGAAUAAAACCAGCCGAAAAAUCAGAAAAAAAAUGUGUUGUAAGAAUUAGAUGAUGAAAAGUGAAGAAGUUGGCUUUGUAAAAAUAAAAUACAUGUAAAAGAAAGAAAAAAAUGGCUGAUUGAUAAAACUAAUGAGAGAAAUUGACAUUGUGGAAGUGAAAUAAGAAAAAAAAAUCAAUUAGAACAAAAUGAAGACAAACUAAAACAAAACGAACAAGAAUAUAAUACAAAACAAAAGCAAAAGAAAAAAAAAAGUGAAACUAACAAAAUGCAAACCUUUAGAUAGAUAAAUGAUAAACUUCAGUAGAUAGAUAGAUAGAUAAUGAAUAUAUAAGAGAUUGAUGGAUGACUAAAGAGAGAGAGAGAGAGAGAGAGCACUAACAAAACCCCCUCUAGUGACACCUCCCUAAUCUCAAUACAGGGGGUUGAAUAGAGGCUGAAAUGUGGCAAUAAGGAAGAAAAAAAGUGGUGUGUUGAGCUGUGUGUUGUCACUGCUGUGUUUCCUAUUGCCUUAUUGUUUGCUGUGGCUUCUGUGGCACCUAUGGAGAUUAUGGGAGGCUGUGGCACUGAUGGAGAGAGAGAGAGAGAGAGAGAGAGACUUGUUUUUUCUCAAGAUGAUUAGAAAUAUAGAAAUCAGAUGAAAUUACUAGUUUAUAAGAGAAAGAGACACCUUUUUUUUUUCUCAAGAUAGGAGUUAGAAAUAAAAAGAUGAAAUUAUUAGUUUUGAGAGAGAGAGAGAGAGAGAGAGAGAGAGAGAGAGAGAGAGAGAGAUUACCUAGUUUGAUAAUGACAGGAAAAAGCAAUUUAAGAGAAAAUAUAUAGGUUGUCAGAUUAUUAUUAUUAUUAUUAUUAUUAUUAUUAUUAUUAUUAUUAUUAUUAUUAUUAUUAUUAUUAUUAUUAUUAUUACAAUUUAAAGAGAUCAAUGCAAAGGAGUCAACUCAUUAAUUAUUACCAUUAUCAUUUUUUUUAUCAUUAUUAUUUUACCUGAGGCCUAUAGAAAAAUAUAGGCCUAUUUCCUUAGGCUUAGGGGUCACCUUUACAUUUAUACUUUAUUAUGUGCACCAAUGAAGACAAGUAAAAAUAAGUCAGUGAAUAUAAAUAAAUCAACUCAUGAAUAUCACCACUGGACAUUAUAGGCACAGGUAACACACACACACACACACACACACACACACACACACACACACGUACAGUCAUUCCUUGUUAUCCACAGGGGUGGGUGGGGUGGAGGUGACAGACACGUGGAUAUUCUUUGUUGUAUUUUUCUUUUUCUCUUUUCUUUAGUUUGUUUCCUUUAUUUUCUAUUUUCGUCUUUUAUCUUCCGCUUUCUUUUCUUUUCGUUAUUUUUUUAUUUCCAUUAUUUUUAUUUUGUCUUAGAUUUACAUUAUAGAAAAUUAUUUGGGGUCCCUCUAAAGAACAUCCCUGAACACCCAAAGCUUAGAGGAAAUAAAGGAAAAACAAUUAACAAAAAAAAAAAUAAAUAAAUAAAUAAAUGAAGAAAAAUAGAUAUGAACACUUAUUUUAUUUAUUUAUUUACUUUUUUAUGUGGAAAUGUGAACCCGUGGAUAAUGAGGAAUGACUGCACUGUAAAUAAAUAUUCCACGACUAUCACUAAGCAUACUAACUUAUACCUGAACCAAAACACAUCAUGAAGUGCCGAUAUCCAGGCUACACUUCCCCUGUCAACUAAACUGAACUGAAUUAACCGUACUAACUGUAUCUUAUCACGUGCAUUCUAAUGUGGCUUUAUAAAAGGCUGUGGACAAAGACUUUAUUUUGAUAGUCGCACACUCAGGUUGUAUCUAAAGAAGAAGAAAAAGACAAUUAUUCACACUGAGUCUUACUAAUUCUAUAACAAUGUACAGCCGUGGCUAAAAAUUUGCUGAUAUAUUCUUUGUCAAUAAUUUAACUAGUGAGACCAAAAGAAGCCAGACUGAAUGAAGGUACAGAAGGAUUAUUAAAGGGAAAAUGAAGGAAGAGAAGGAAAUUUAAGGAUGAUAUGAAAGAAGAAAGAAUAAGAGAUCAGGAAAGGAUGUAAGGCCGAAGGAAGAUAGAAUUAAUAUUGAAGGAAGUAUGAAAGAAUAUUACAAGGAAGACGAUGGAGAUUGAAGAAGGAUAUGAAAGAAUCAGAGGAUGUAAGAUUGAAGGAAGGAAGAUAGAAUGAUUAUUGAAAGGAAAAUGAAGGAAGACAAAGAUUGAAGGACAUGAAAGAAGAAAGAAUAAGAGAUCAAAAGAAGCAAGAGUGAAGGAAGGUAGAAAGAGAAUGAAGGAAGACAAGAAAGAUUGAAAAAAAAUAUGAAAAGAAAAAAAAAUAGAUGAAAAGAAGCAAAAGUGAAGGAAAGUAGGAGUAUUGAAAGGAGAAUGAAGGAAGAUUUGGAAGAAGAAAGAAUUUGAAGGAAAACAUAUCGUAUAUAAAAUUUUUAGCCACGGCUGUACAGAUUCACUACUCAAUCAUACUAAUCAAUACACAACUGCAUAUCAAUCCUGUGUCUACAACUUCACACGGCUCCUUCAUACUUUCGAGAACUCUGGGUCACAAACUGUAUACUCGAUGGAAAACACAAAUAUACGUUAUGCUUUGUGUUUUUUUACGUAUAGGCGCGUUCGAUAUACAUUCAUGUGGGACUGUGAUGUGCUGAGAGGCUGAAAUAGGUACUAAUAAACCCCCAUGUAUUACCAGUGUUCUUGUGUCAGUAUUCUAAAGUCAUCUGGUAAGCUAAGAGUUAUCAGUUUAAUGCUGGUUAAUAUUCUUGUUUCCUUCAUUCUAUUUGGGUUUAUUUUCAUUUAUUUUUACUUUCCAGUGUUAAUUCAUACAGGCAAGCGAAGCAUACCACACGUAAUAACCAGAAGGGGUGUAUAUUUGCUCCCUUUAGGUGGAAAUACAGAAGCAGGCAGAGUUCCAGAGUGUACCAGUGAAAGGGAUGAAAGUUAACGCGUACGAUUAAUCAGUAUGCAUUCACAGGUAAUGGAAUGAUGACAGUUAACAUUUUUUUUCUUUUCUAACCGUUACAUCAUUAAAAGACUCCACAUAAGUUCAUCAAGUUGUUAUGGAGUUAAUCUGGCCACAAUUAACGGGAAUGUCAACCAAUUUGCUUUUUUUUUUUUUUUUUUUUUUUUUUUAAUACUGUUACGUCACUGAAAGCAGCCUGUCAGAUAAAGUACGCCAAAAUUUUCUUAACGUUGUAAUGGAGUUAAUGUAGCCAUGAUUAAUGAGAAUACUAACAUUUGCCAUUUUUUUUUUUUUAACUUGGAUCACUCAAAGCAGGCUGUCCGUCAGAAAUAGUACUCAAAUAUUCUUCACCACGUUGUGAUGGAGAUGCAGUGAGUAAAUAUAUAAAUACGUCCAAUUAGCGAGGAUCUUAACAAAUUCGCUAUUUAUAUAUAUUUUUGUAUUUUAUCACCAGUUAGCAAUCCACCAUCAUUUCUUCCAUCUGGUAUUAAUAAUCUAGCAACACUUAAGAAAUACUGGGACACUGACAUGGUAAUACUGAACGUGUGUGGGGGGGGGAGUUGCAGGAGUGACUAAAGAAAUGGUGUUUGGUGUGUAGUGAGGGAGUGCUGAGUGCUGGAUGUGGGGCAGCAGUCAGUCAGUCAGUCAGGACAGGACAUAAUAGUAAAGGCUCAUGCGUGUACUGAUUUAUAAAGGCAGCAAUAAAGUGAUGAAUCAGGA